AUGGCUUCAAUCUACCACCUCAACAAUCCCCCGAAUCCUUGGGAGUCCCUGUUGACCGGCCUUGAGGACCAUCCCUUCUUCGCCGGGCGAGGCCAUCACGGAGGCCGCCAUCAUCACCAUGGACCUCCUCCCCCUCCCUUCUUUGGAUGGGGUGGCCCAGCUCAUCACGGACACCACCAUCCAGGCCCUCAUCCAUUCUGGGGCAUGGGGAACAACGAGGCUGCCCCUGAAGACUCUCAGAAACCCCACAACGCCGAGCCUACACCCGGUCCUUCAACUGAGAAGACCCCCCAAGCAGAGCAAGAGAAAGCCAAUGCCGACAAUGACAACGAAGACGAUCACCCCCGCCGCUGUGGUAAAGGAAAACAAGCCCACGGGAAGCACGCUGGCGGCCGUUGCAGAGGCCGUGGCAUGGGUGGUCGCGGCGGAUGGGGUCGCGGAGGAUGGGGUCGUCCUCACCCAUAUGCCGGACACCGCGGCCGUGGCCACCACCGCGGCUUCGGCAGCCCUGGCGCUCCCGACUUCGACUUCUUGCGCCAGCUAGCCUCGCGGUGCGGAUUCCCCAUGCCCGAGCCCAGCGCCGGCACCGCCGACUUCGCGCCUGUCGUCGACGUCUUCGACGCUCCUACGCAAUACAUCGUGCAUGUGUCGCUCCCUGGCGCGAAGAAAGAGGAUCUGAGCAUCGACUAUGAUACCGACGAGUCGGUCCUGCGCCUUGCCGGGGUCGUGUACCGGCCUGGCGUGGAUGAGAACCUGCACCAGGCUCUGGUCAUGGAGGAGCGCGGCCGGGAGGUCGGUGUCUUUGAGCGGGAGAUCCGUCUGGGAACGAGCCAGGCGCCUGCUGCUGUUCUGGCGGAUGAGAUUAGUGCCAAGCUUGAGGAUGGCGUGCUGAACGUGACUAUCCCGAAGAUCUUGGUGGAGGCACAGCCGGAGCCAAACAAGACUGUUUAUGUUGAGGAUCUCAAUGAGAAGUCGCCCAGCAAGACGGUGACGCCGGCGGAGUCGGAAAUGAGCGAUUAUGAUGACGAGGAGGAAGAGGCGAAGGAGUACGUCAAGGUCCCCGUGCAAUAG